AUGUUUCGUUUAAACAACACAAUUGUUAAGCAAGGAGGAAAGCAGAUACAAAGUCGCCUUUAUUCUAGUCAUUAUAAACAUUUAAGUGCACGUAAACAAUCAUUUAUUCCUCAGUCAGGUGUUUAUCCCGUUGGUUUCCGUGCUAGUGGAGUCUCUGCAAAUAUUAAAAAGAAUAAGAACAAAGAUAUUGCGCUUGUGAUUUCUAAUUUACCUUGUUCUGGUGCUGCUGUGUUUACGACGAAUAAAUUCCAAGCCGCUCCUGUUCUUGUUAGUAAAGAAACCUUGGCAGAGAAUGAUAAUCGAUUAUAUGGGGUUGUUACGAACUCUGGUUGUGCAAAUGCAGUCACUGGAGCACAGGGUAUUGUUGAUGCUAAAAGGAUGCGUUCUAUAGUAGAUGAGUUAGUGAAAUAUCCAGUGAGCGCCUUAACUAUGUCGACAGGUGUUAUUGGUCAAAACUUGCCAAUGGAUAAGAUUGAAGCUGGCAUUCGUGACGCUUAUAGCCAUUUAUCUGCUGAACAUGAAAAUGGCUGGAUGUCUGCAGCUGAGGCAUUUAUGACAACAGAUACUUUCCCAAAGUUACGUUCCGGCGAAUUUGAGUUACAGGGUUCCAAAUUUAGAUUAGCAGGCAUUGCUAAGGGUGCAGGCAUGAUUCAUCCUAAUAUGGCAACUUUAUUAGGCUUCAUGGUGACAGACGCUUAUGUUAAACCAGAGUUACUACAAAAGGCUUUAAAAUAUGCUGUUGAUCGUAGUUUCAAUUCUAUUAGUAUUGAUGGCGACAUGAGUACCAAUGAUACAAUUUCAGCUUUAGCUAAUGGAGCAAGUAAAGUUAGAAUAGAGACUGAAGGAGAUGAUUACGAGGCUUUCAAGGGACAUUUAACUGCCUUUGCUGCUGAGCUUGCUCAAUUAGUGGUUAGAGAUGGUGAAGGUGCAACUAAAUUUGUUACUCUUCAUAUAAAGGGGGCUGAAUCCUUUGAAAGUGCUAAACAGGCAGCUUCUCAUAUUGCUACAUCUAUGUUAGUCAAAUCUGCUUUAUAUGGACAGGAUGCUAAUUGGGGUAGAAUUUGUGCUAGUCUUGGUCAUAGUGGUAUAGAUCUAGAUCCAUCUCGUGUUAGUGUCACAUUUGUUCCUACGGAUGGUAGUGAGAGAUUAAAGUUAAUGAUAAAGGGUGAACCCGAAAAAGUGGACGAAGAAAGGGCCUCAGAAAUUUUGAAAAUGGAAGACUUACAAAUCGAAGUUGAUCUUGGUUUAGGUGAAAGUGAAACUAAAUUCUGGACAUGUGAUCUUAGUCAUGAAUAUGUCAGUAUCAAUGCUGAUUAUCGUUCUUAA